AUGUCAGAGUACAACUUACAUGAAUUUCUCUCCACUUCCACGUUUCCUGGGGGAAGGGAGGAGCCACAAUCAGAUCUCAGCAUUGAGCUCCCACUGAGUCAGGAGGCAUUUUCAGACCUGUGGAAACUACUAUCUCCAAACAAUGUUCUGUCCACCUUGCCGUCAUCUGAUUCCAUUAAAGAACUGUCCCUGUUUGAGAAUGUUGCAGGCUGGUUAGAAUACCCAGGUGAAAUGCUCCAAAAGGCAGCCGCCACAGCAGCAGCGGCUCCAGCAGAGGACCGGGUAACUGAGACUCCUGCACCAGUGGCCCCAGCGCCAGCCACUCUCUGUCCCCUUUCAUCUUCUGUCACGUGCUAUAAAAUCUACCAGGGUGACUAUGGUUUCCAUCUGGGCUUCCUGAACUCAGGGAUUGCCACUUGCACGUAUUCGCCUUCCCUCAAUAAGCUAUCCUGCCAGCUGGCAAAAACAUGCCCUGUACAGCUGUGGGUCAACUGCACACCUCCACCUGGCACCCAUGUCCGUGCCAUGGCCAUUUACAAGAAGUUACAAUACAUGACAGAAGUUGUAAAAUUCUUCCCUCACCAUGAGCAUCCCUCUGAAAGCAAUGGUUUGGCUCUUCCUCUGCAUCUUAUCCGAGUGGAAGUAUAG